UCAGUAAAUGAAGUUGAUUAUUCGAUAAAAGUUUACAAAACGCGGCAAAAACAACAAAUGUUGUAUUUGUAUAUUAUAUCUUAAUAAACAGCUUUUGUUAGUAGUGGUGUGUAAACAAUAUAUAAAAUGACUACGACGCCAACAAAAAUACACACAGUUGCCGGAGAGUACAAGACACCAAAGAAACAGAAAGAUGCAAAGCGGCGUCUGAAAUCGACUGAGUUAGUGAACUCUGACGGUUCAAGUGCUGCUGAGCCCGAGGAGCAGACACGCACACGACGCUCCACACGCAGACCGAGUCCCACUAAGAAGUAUAAAGAGUACAAGGCCAAGUCCGGUGGGCAGCGUGACAUCAACUAUGCGGAGGAUGAGUCCCAGUCUGAAGAAGAUGAUGAAGAGAACAUGGGUGCCGCAAAGCCAAAUUCACGGGAUCUGCAGCUAAUACAGGCCGACUACAAUGUAGCGGGCACAAGCUUAUUCGGCUUUAACACACCCAAGAAGCGCGAUGCUAUGGCAUUAGCUGCACUUAAUGCCACGCCCAGCACACCGAAGACUCCAAAGACGCCGCGACUGGGCGUCAAGACUCCAGACACGAAGCGCAAAAAGGCAGAUCAGCCCAAGACUCCGGCACACGUCAGAACUAGGGUGAAACAACAGAUUGCCAAAAUUGUGGCUGACUCCGAUGAGGAUUUCUCUGCGGAUGACAGCGACUUUCGUCCAGACGACGACAAUUCCUCGAGUAGCAGCAGCAGCAGCAGUGAAGACGGUGGCAGUUCUGAGAACGAUGGCGCAGAUGAUGAGUCCAAGACGCCAUCAAAGGCUCGUCGCGCAAUAGUCGUGCCGGUGCUGCCGAAGACGCCAUCAGCUGCUCGCCAGCGGCAAUCGGCGCGGGUAAAGAGAUCGAAUGAGUUCGUACCCGAGAGCGAUGGCUACUUUCACUCUCAUGCCAGCAGCAAGAUUCUCACGUCGGAUCACACGCUGGAUCGCUUGAAGAAUCCACGAUUAGCCGCUGAUCGUUUGUUCAGUCUGCUGGCAGAUAUGAAAGCCUCGCCAGAGCACGAGAUGGCCAUCAAUGCCAUUAUGGAGGAGUAUCGCUCGUACUUUGCCAAAUGGAUGUGCAUUCUCAACGAAGGCUUCAACAUUCUGCUCUACGGCCUCGGCUCAAAGCGGCAAUUGCUGCAAUCCUUUCAUCGUGAGAUUCUCGCCCAGCAAACGGUGUUAGUGAUCAAUGGCUUCUUUCCCAGCCUGACUCUGAAGGACGUCUUGGACAGUAUUACCAGCGAGAUUCUAGAUGCUGGCCCGAGCCCAGCCAAUGCACACGAGGCCGUCGACAUGAUCGAGGAGGAGUUUGCACUUAUACCUGAAACACAUCUCUUUCUGAUCAUUCACAAUCUAGACGGCGCUAUGCUGCGCAACGUCAAAGCUCAGGACAUUCUAUCCAGAUUGGCACGCGUGCCCAACAUUCACCUAUUGGCCUCGAUUGAUCAUAUCAAUACACCUUUGCUUUGGGACCAGAACAAGCUGAGCAACUUUAACUUCUCCUGGUGGGAUUGCACCACCAUGCUGCCCUACACGGACGAGACGGCCUUCGAGAACUCAUUGCUGGUGCAGAACUCUGGCGAAUUGGCGCUCUCCUCGCUGCGCAGCGUCUUCUCCUCGCUGACGACGAACUCGCGCGGCAUUUACAUGCUGAUUGUCAAGUAUCAGCUGAAGAACAAGGGCAAUGCCAACUAUCAGGGCAUGCCCUUCAAGGACCUCUACUGGAGCUGUCGCGAGGCCUUUCUGGUUAGCUCCGACCUGGCACUGCGCGCCCAGCUGACAGAGUUUCUGGAUCACAAACUGGUCAAGUCGAAGCGCAGUGUGGAUGGCUCCGAGCAGCUGAACAUACCAAUCGAUGCCUCGCUCCUGCAACAGUUUCUCGACGAGCAGGAGAAGAAAUAGGCGCAACAUAUUUAGAACAUAUUAAUUUAUUAUCUAAUUUGUUAAAUACAAUUACAAUAUGUCACUUUAAAAAUGGUUUUGCUUCUGGUUCGCCCGUGUUGUAACCGCCCUCACCCCGCCCCAGUUUUACUAUUUAGUUCUAUUACAUAUGCAUACAUAUAUAUAAGUUUAUAUAUAUAUAUAAGUACUCGUACUCUCGAUCCCAGUUGCUUUCUUCAAUUGUUUAUUGUUUUCUACACAUUUAGAUUGGCAUGCAUAAAAAUGUCUCCUUAGUAGCUUUAAUAUGUUUUUUGCAUUUUGAUAUUUGAACUAAACAAACUUUCGCACAGCAAUGCGCCGCCUCAAUCAAUCCGGAUCCGUCACCCAUUAAUCAAUCAAUCAACGUCACAAAUUUCAAUUAGUUUCAUAUGCUGUGCCAAACAUUGUUCAGAUUUAUAUUGUGCAUUCGUAUUGGAAUCAAAAAUAACUAUUGCUAAAUGUAUUUACAAAUUUUGUUGUUGUUUCUUGUUUCUUAGCCCCAAAAUUCUAGCUGAAUGCAGCGGUGCUAGGUUAGGUUCGAUUUUUCUUGCUCUUAACAAAAUUUGAAUAUUAUUUAUUUAUUAAUUUAUUUGUAGUUGUUAUGGAUUAUCACUUUUUAGUUUAUUCGUUCGUUUGUUCGUUUGUUCCUUUGUUUUGCUGAAAGAGAAGAAAGUCUUGACUAGACUCGAGUCAUCUAAAACUCUAUGUAUAUAUAUAUACGUAUAUAUCUAACCUUGAUCCAGUAAAACUUGCUCAUUUUGUUGUUGUUGUUUUUUGCUUACUAUACACAGAGUGCUACAAUUUGCUUUUAUUUGAAGUUGUUUUCUCUUAAGAGUUUUUGUUUGUUUUGUUUUGUUUUGUUUUUUU